AAAAGGCGCCUUAAAGCAGCAGCAGAAGAAGAAGAAGAAGAAGAAGAAGAAGCGGAACCUUCGUUUUUUGGUAGUAGUGCUUUACGGACCGCUUUUACUGAAACGUCAUGAUGGCAGCUGUGUUGAAAACACAUGUGCAAGUAUCUGGAGAUGAUGCAAAGCCUCAGUUUGAGGAUGGAGAUGACCUGAGUGAUUCUGACGUAGGGAGCAACGAUGAAGGGUCAAAUGAAGAAGAGAGUGAUGGGGGAGAAGAUGACGGAGACGGCAGCAGAGGGAGCAGCGGGGAAGAAGCAGAGAAUGAAGAGGGAGGAGAGGACGAGGAUGGAGACGACGGUAAUGCCAAUGCUGGGUGGGCAGAGGCAAUGGCAAAGAUCCUGGGAAAGAAAACUCCUGAGAAACAAAGCAGCAUCCUGGUGAAGAACAAAGAGCUGGACAAGAAAAAAGAGAAGGAAAGACAGGAGCAGCUGGAGAGAAAGAAACAGGUUGACAAGAAGCGGACGUGGGAGAUGAUGUGCAGAGAGAAACCGGACUUGGUGAAGGACCGUGAGACUGAAAGAGCUCUACAAAGAAUUGCUACCAGGGGGGUGGUACAGCUCUUUAACGCCGUGAGGAAACACCAAAAAACAAUCGAUGACAAGGUGAAGGAAGUCGGCGGCUCUGAGAGGAAGAAGGCCAAGCUGCUUUCGUCUGUCUCAAAGAAAGACUUCAUUGACGUGCUAAGAAGGACGGAGGGAGGCAGCGGAGUCUCCGUCAAGACGGAAAAGGACGUCGCUGCUGCAGCAGCGGAGAAGCCCGCCUGGAGCGUCCUCAGAGACGACUUCAUGAUGGGAGCCACCAUGAAAGACUGGGACAAAGACAGUGACGGAGAGGAGCCCAACACACACUCGGGAGGGAAGGCGGAGGAGAGCGAUUCAGACUAGGGGACUGUGUACACACGUCUGCAAUGCUUUCAGGGACAGUCUGGGAAACAAAGCCUGACCUGCAGAGUACAACUUCAGCCUCCAGGACAUUCUACAUGUCUGCGGUUUGAGAUGAAAACAUGGGGAAAUGAUGUAGCGCUUCUCCUCAUUAUCACUGUGUAGUCAUUUUUAUAGCAUCCUACAUUCUGGUAUAAUAUAUAUAUAUUAUAUCUAAAAUAUAUAUUAUAUCUAAAAUAUAUAUUAUAUAUAUUGUGCAGAGAAGGAAAGGCUGUAAAACAUGGAACUAUGCGGAACAGGAUGUAACCGAUACUGAUCCUGGAGGAGCUCCUCACUGUGCGGAGCUGCAGGUAAUGAGCUCCUGUCUUCAGAUCAGUUUGCUUCCAUUUUGACUGCAGAUAUUUUAUUAUUGAAAGAGCUUUGAUGGUGUAAACUGUGUAAAUAAGAAUGUUUUGUACAGCGCUAGUUGAAUAAACAGCCAGUCCAUUUA